GUCUUGGGACAUGGGGCGACCGCGACAGUGAGAAAAGUGAUUCAUAAAAGGACGGGGGAAGAAUUUGCAUUGAAGUCGUUGACUAAGAAGGGCUUGUCACGGUGGCAGGCCAAUUUUCUACUUAACGAAGUGGAGAUCUUCCUCUCAGUGGACCAUCCCAAUAUCUGUCGGCUUGCAUACGUAUUCGAGGCGCCGACUAUGGUGCUCCUUCUCCAUAUUCGAACGACGAGGGACUUCUCGAUUCGUAGAUUUAGUUGUGGUGGUCAUUUUACGGAACCUGAAGUCGCUGAUAUCGUCGCUCAGAUCCUCUACGCGAUCAACUACCUUCAUACCUCGAAUAUCGUCCAUCGUGAUAUCAAGCCGAGUCACUUCAU